UUAACUGGAAUUGAAAAUAUGCAUCCUGUUUGUACAUAUAAAUAAUAUCACCUAGUCGUUUUUCUUGAGAUCUCUACGCGCAGGAGAAAGUAGCUUGAAAAGACAGCAAACGUGGGGGAUUUCCAACUUCUCACGUGCUCCUUGGAGCAUCCGUGCUGCGGAAGAGCAGCCGCUUGCAAAACUAUCUGGACUUCCCGGGUUCGUUCAAUCCAGCUAGGGAGUGUGCAGGGCUCAACAAUGCACUAGUCUUGGAUACAUUUUAUUAGAAUAAGAGUUUACGUUAACUAAAAUCUCCAGAAACUUAAAGGCCAACGGAGAAAGCAACUGGCUAUCUUUAAUCGAAGAAACUUCUCAAAUUCCAGCAGUUUCCGGAAACCAUGAUCCCUUUCGCCACAUUCGUGUGUACCAAGACGAAACAGAGUUCACAGAAAUGGCUUGCAAGAACUACUUUAGGACAGACGAAAGUAGAGACGGAAAAAGCCCGAGGCGGAUUGUAUUGUGUACGUCUAAGUGCAUCCAUAGCUAAGCCUACCACUGCAACGGACAUAAGAAAGACACCUCCAAAACUUUCAGAUGAAGAUACCAAUCUUUUAGCAUCAUUGACAUUGAAUGGACAACAGCGCCAUCUAGCGCUAAGAACGUUUCGUACACUCCAAAGACAUCGGACUCAUUGUUGUGUGACAAAACCAGAAGUUCAACAUCUUGAUGUUGUGGACAGUGCCAAUGGUGGAGUUAUUCAGUAUCUGCUGGCUGCUUGUUGGAAGUGGAAUUUUAGUGUUUUUUCGUUAGAUGUGGCCACAGGAGGGCGCUCCGUUUCUGUUCUAUUGCUCCACCUUUUCCACGAAUAUGGUUUCAUUAAAGAGUUCCGACUGGAUGCACUGAAAAUCCUUCACUGUUUUACUUUAGUGGAAAAUGGUUACCAUAGGGACAACCCGUAUCAUAAUGCAGUUCAUGCAGCUGACGUCACUCAAGCGUUACAUUGUUUUCUCCAGGAGAAAACUAUUUCGAAGCAUUUGACUUCCUUGGAAACCAUGGCCUCUCUCAUAGCAGCAGUCUGUCAUGAUCUUGACCAUCCGGGUUUCAACCAACCUUUCCUAAUUGCCACUUCCAACCACCUAGCGGUGUUGUACAAGAAUUUUUCUGUGUUGGAAACACACCACUGGCGGAUGGCGGUCUCGUGCCUCCGGGAAUCAAGGUUGUUGGAUCAUCUAGAGAAGGAAGUUUGUGUGAAGAUAGAAUGUUGGAUGCAGUCAAUGAUUCUAGCGACAGACAUAUCUCGUCAGCAAGAGUUUCUUGAAAAGCUGAAGGUAGCGUUAAAGUGUGCUGAUCUAUGUAAUCCGUGCCGACCAUGGUCUAUUUCUAAACAGUGGAGUUAUCAAGUGUGCGAGGAGCUUUACCAACAAGGUGAUAUUGAAACAGAACUAUCUCUUCCCAUAACUCCUGUAUGUGAUCGAACCAAAACAUCUGUUGCAAGAAUACAGACUGAUUUCUUACGUUUCGUUGUAACACCGUUGUUUGUAAUGUGGCAUAAGAUCUUAAGUAGUCCUUUGUCCCAAGAAUUGAUGCAACACUUACACCAUAACCAAAUAAGGUGGGAUGAGUUACUACAGUACGAACUCGAACAGUUAGAUGAAAUGAGCUCAGUAUCAGAAGAAGCUGCAAUGGACGAUUAUGCGCUAUUAGUCUUAGAAAAGGAUAACUUCAGUACUUUACUCAAAGAAGGUUUAAUAGUGACCAGAUUCUUUAAUGAUGUCAAUGCGACGUAGAAAUAGUAUGCCAAUGAAAAGCACCACUUUAGUGCCAAAGACUACAUUUCGCAGACAAAGUUUUCCACGUAUCUUGGUGUCCCAAUCAAAGGAUCUGCCCACUGGGUGCAUUCAUUUACUGUCACAAAACAAUUCCACAUCCUCAUCAGACGUUACAGCCUCCAGUUUUCUGGAAAAUAGAACAAGUAUUGUCUCUUUAACCAGUGAGUUUAACCUUAUAACUUCGCAUAGACUGGAAGAUGAAGUGGUCACUGAUCAAUUAGAUAUUUUGCAAAGAAACAGUGUACGGAUCCCUACCUCUAAGAAUCUGACAAAUAAAGAUGUUGGACAAUCUAAUAAAUUAGACUUCCAAAAUCUAACAAUGAAAAACUCUAUUUCUAAAAAAUGUAGUGUUUCUUCUCUUAAAGAAGAUUCAAAUAUCCUAAGUGAAAGAACCAGUUACAACAACACCAAUAGUUCCCACUCAGAUUGUGAUAAUGGUUGUUGCUCAUAUUUUCCGAUAGUUCCAUACCAGAUACCAAGCAAAGAACUAUAACCACGAAAUGAGUUCUAUAAAGAAUAAAUAUCGAUCAAGACUUACAAACUUGCUUCCUCAUGGUUGAUGCAUUUUCAAGAUCUAAAAUAUAACGAAAAUACUUCGUUUCACGUUGAAUCUCCCACCAUUCCAGAAAAUGGUUCACCUGGUUCUAGACAUAUAAUUAAAUCAGUGAACUUUCCACUACAUUCACCUUUUACAGCCCUACGGAUCAAGACAUCUCAUGACGUCGAUGUAUCUUCCAGCCUAGAAAGUUUUGAUACAACAGAUGAUGAACAAAUACUUCCUUGUUCACCAUUCUAGAUAGCUUAUGUGACAAAACUAAGAAAAACAACCUGAUACACAGUACUUUACUAGCACAUGUAAAAUACUUAGAACCUAGUUUUGUAACGUGUAAUCUAAAGCAACGUAGUUUUGACUUUUACUAUUGUUCUCAGUAAUCUAUAGUCCAGGACAAAGAUUCAAUAGCUAAAAAUGGUAACUCCAGUUAGAAAUGAAGGUUCUGAAGGCUCAAAUCACCUUAAUAGGUUAUUGGCUUCCUGAAAUCUAUAAGUUAUAUAUAGGGUUUAAAUGAAAUUAUUCAACUUCAUAUAGGGUUAAAUGUUAGAAUCCGGAAACCUUUGCAGUUUUCCUGGACCAUGGAAAUAAAACAAAUGUUGGUAACUUUCUUUCUUACUGUUUGAGUUAAAAUAAACCAUACUAGUGUAAUUUUGCCUAUAAAGAGUUUUGAAAUUGUUAUACAUCUGUGUGUGUAUAUACAUAUAUAUAGACAUACAAUAUUGGAAACAAAUAUGGAAAAGUGAGUGAAAUAAGUUGAAAAGUUUACACUGUUGUUUUGCCGUCAACCAACCAACCAUACAGUGUCGUAAUACCUAUGAAAGUACAGGUAUCAUACUAUUCCCAGAAGUAGUGUGAUAAUACACUCAUGGCUCCAAGAAUUGAAAUGUUACAUGACAAAUGUGUAGAAAUCAAGGUUUCCCCUGCUUAUGGCCUCUAAAUGUGAGAGAUUAAGGCGGAAUUUCAUAUUUUACUAGAAGUUAUAUGGAAACUUUGAAAAGGUACAUGAAACUGAUGACAGAGGCGGUUCAGGUAGAAAGCCUAAAUCGUAUGUUAUGUAAGUCAGGGUUUAUAUGACUGUUUGUAUGAUCCACGACACUCCAAUAAAUAAUUUGAGAAUGUAAGUACAGGUGUGAGUGUUAUCUCUAGAACAUAAAGAUAUACAUUAGCACGAUGUGGCUUCACUGACUUUGUAGUUGCUCAAAGAGAUUGCUUAGGAGGAAUAACCAAAAUAAAAGGUGAAGUGAAUACCAAACUUCAAACAAUGGGAUGGAGCCAAAAUGGAGGAGGAGGAAGCUCUUUACGGGUGAAUUUAAAUUCGAAUUUUUGGUAACAAUUAUUGACAGUUUGCUCAAUGCUAGAGAUGAUAAUGAUAUCAUUGUUCAAUGAAGCAUACGAGUGUGACGUGUAUCUCAGUCAAUGGUGUUAUAGAUCUUCACAAAAAUGAUGAUACCUUGACUGCUGAUGGGUACAAGGAAGAGUACACUUCUCAAGCUUUGCUCAUUCCACUGUUUGUGGUCUGAUGUCCAUUUCAACCGUUUGAUUACCUCUUGUCAACAAUGGUUUUGAGCAACUGUACGUCCAUUGAGACAAUUUCGUGCUAAAUUGUAUCUUACUGUUGUCGAGGUAAUACUCACGCCAGUAUUUAUAUCAAAUUGGUGGGUAAGAUAUGUACUCGACCGUCGUCUAUCUCGCAGAGAACAUACCCUGAGACACUUAACAUCACAUUUGGAGAGUUUCAGUUUUUUACCUCGAUCACUUAUAUCAUUAACAUUGCCAGUUUCACGCGUUCUCCUCAGAGUGUUACAGUACAGUCCCUACUGAAACAUGAAAUCUUGCUACAAUUUUUCCGCAUAAGAAAACUACUAGUAAUGAGCAUAGUAUGACACCUUGUAUUUGGUUAGACUUUAUACUGGUAUGGCACUCUCUGAUUGGUUGGAUGACAACCAAUCACAAUAUGAAUUAUUAACAUAUUACUGUUCCAUGGUUCAACGCAUUUUCACAUAAUAUGGGAAUGCCAUUCCUAUAGUAUAUGCCUUUUAUGCCCUUUUUUCUUGCUGUUUCCAUAAUGUUUUAUAAUACCAUGCAUUUUGAUUUUUUUUAAUAAUCAUUGUCUUAAUCCACGUGUAGCAGUGCUGACACUAGCUGGGGAUUUAUUGGGUCACCAUUUAUGACUACUAAAUCAUUGGAAGCCAUAAAUUAUUUUGUAAUGAGCAUUCAUCACAUUGUAUGUGGUAUUAUUGUUUAAUUGUUUUAGUAAUUUGUUCUAUUGCAUAUUAAUGCAAGCUAUUGUUAUCAUGAACAAAUGGAGAAUUGUUUGCCAUAUUGCUUUUACAGAUAGUGUUUACGUAUGGCUGUUUAGCUGCCGACAAAGAGCGAUAGCAUUGUUAAUACCAAAAUUACAAGUUAAAGACAGAACAUAUGUUUUCUAUAACCAAAGCAAACAAUGCUGACCGUUAAAAUCUAGUUCUCCAGUUCCUCACUAUGUAUUAAUACCAACAAAGAAUUAUGUGAUUUGUUUUAAUCUAUUUGUUGUUAAGCACAAAGCUACAUAAUAGGUUAGUUGUGCUCUGCCCACUGCACAUAUGAAAACCAAAUGUUUAGCAUUAUAACCCCUCAAACUUACCGCUCAGCCACCGGGGAGGGCUUGUUAUAGUCAACUUCAAAAAAUAGUCUAGAUCAUCUAAGAUAGUGUGAUAAGCUCGCGGCUAUAAUAGUUAAACUAGUACAUAGCUGUAUUAUAUAUGUA